GGGGGGUUCAUUUUGACUCAGAAGACUUCUCCAGCAUCGCCAUGGCUGGCUACGGUUGGAUGAAAUGGGCCAACCUAUCUUCUGAACAGCAGCAAGCACUGCAGCAAGCUGGAAACAAGUUCUUUCAGGCCGUGGAUGCAGCGAAGAGCUCCGCAGAGCGCAGCUUCAACCAGGGCGUCUCGCAGGUGCGCAGAGCCACAACAUCCCACAGCUCAGAGGUCUCAGCAACGACCGCGCACAGCGCCACCGCGCGGUGGCUGCGGAGGCCCUCCAGCCGGAGCCUGCCGUCGGAGCGACCGGAGAUACAGCUGCGGGUGUGUACCUGGAAUCUGCAUGGCAGCAAGGUGGACCCAGAGGAUGACUUAGCCUUGUGGCUGCUGCCGCAAGGGAAGGCAGCUGAUCUUUACGUGAUCGGCAUCCAGGAGUUGAUCGAGCUCGGCCCCAUGUCGCUGCUGCUGAACACCGAUGGCCAUGAGGAGCGACAAGCAGAGCUGGAGCAGCGGGUGGAGGAGAUCUUGGCCUCUUCGGGGCGGAAGUUCUUGAAGGUUUGUAGUUUCGGGAUGGUGGGGCUCUCCUUACUGACCUUUGUCUCUGAGCACUUGGAAGCCUGCAUUGGUGAGAUCGACUGCGACCGCGUCAAGACGGGCAUCGAAGGGCUCGGGGGCAACAAGGGGGGCCUGGCGGUGCGGUUCCUUUGUGGAAUGAUGUCGAUGUGCUUUGUGAAUGUGCAUUUGCCAUCGGGCGCUCACAACGAAGAUGACCGGAACGAGCAUCUUCAAGAAGUCCUCACUUAUGCCUUCCAAGGAAUCUCACGCAACGGUUCCACGCGGCAACCCAAGAAGGGCUUCCAUCGGGCGGGCGUCUACAAUGCCUUGCAGCACGAUCUGACAGUUGUCUUCGGCGACCUGAACUCACGCCUGGAUUUGCCAGAGGGGGAGGGCGCACGGCCCAAAGGGCCGCCAGAGGCUUGGCUGCUUUGCGACGAGCUGGUCUGUGGGCGCCUGAAAGCACGGCAAAUGGGCUUUCGAGAAGCCGAGGUGACAUUCCCACCCACCUACAAGUACAUCCCUGGCAGUGAUGAUUUGAGUCCACAACGGACGCCUGCCUGGUGUGACCGUGUGAUCUUCCGGCAUGAGCUUCAUGCGACCCAGGUUGCGCAGCGCGUCUUGGACUCUGAAGCCGAGGCGGUGCGCGUGGUGGACUACGACGCCUACCCGCUUCGCCGCAGCAGCGACCAUCGCCCGGUGGCUUGUGCCUUGAGAGUGCAGCUUUCACCCGUUCCGGAGGAGGUGGACUGAGGUGAAAAAGAUGGAUUGAGGCGGCACGUUUGAUGCGAAGCAGCUCUGAAAGGGGCUAAAAUCUGAUGGGGGUUGGAGUGAAACUCGCCUUGCAGCGAAGCAGCGACCCCCAGGAACAGAGCGUUUGAGCCACGAGGUCUUCCAAAAGGAAGCCACGACGCUUUGAUUCGGGCGAAAAUGCACCACAGCGGAGCCUAGUGAGAGAUGGAUUUUGGAGGCAGUUGCACUCAUCCCUUAAGUUGGACCAAGUGUGGGAG